UCACAUCUAUUUACAAUGGCUUUCACUUUAAAAAAUUCCUAACACUGAAUGUGCGACAGAGUCUUUCAAUAUGGAACAUUAACUUUUUAAGACCACAAAUGAGGUACGUUCCUCGUAAUGAGGUACACUUGAGAGCCAAUCACCACGCCCAAAUUGGCGCGAAGAUGGAGCAGUGUUAGAACUUACAAUUUACUUUUCGUUGAAAAUGGAUAAACAUUGCCCAUGUUUAAUAGCAAAACAAACCGUCAGAGAUUAUACAAGGACAAACAUGUUUGCUAACUUUAUCAAAGUUUAUCAUCGCACAGAACCUAGCUUGGUUUGCCGUUGCCAUCAACUGCCCACUAAGUAAUAACAAAUAGCUCAGUUAAAACUGCUUCGUGAUUCACUUAUAUUUCUUCCUGUAAAUUUCCCUGAUUUUUAAGUUUUGAAGUAUUGCUUUAUCUGUGAAAUAGAUGGUAAAUGUGGUGUUCAAUCUUCAGGCUGUACCAACGCGAAUUUCUACUUCUAUGCACACCCUCGAAAUACUACAAAGCUGCUAAUUUUAAAGUGUCAUAUUUUUCGGUUUCUGCAGUCCACCUCGCCGUAACACAUUAUGUAAAACAGCAGCAGUAGCUUCAUUUUGAGUAUACCGAGUGAUUUUUAGCAAGUUGUAACUUAUUUGAUGUGGAAAUAACAUCUAAAUGUAAUACACGAAGUACAACAAACGGGUGUCUUAAACUUGCUACCUCCAGUUUGUAUUACAUCUUCCAAAGAAAAAGGGAGACGUUGCCACCCACUUGAACCGGAACCGUUUCUGAAGGGCUGCUUACCGUUUUCUGCUCCUUGCAGUAUGCUAUGUAAUCCACAAUAGCUAUCAAAAUGUAGCUUUUCUGUCCUGCCUUCUUAAAAACAUUUUAUACCAAGUGGUCCAAAGGCUGCAGCAGUUUAAGUAGACAAUUGGUUCCUCCCCACAGGACGAUCAGAACCAUUGGGAUAGCCUGAACUGUGAGCAUUCGUGCACGGUUUGCAAAGGGUGCAAGGAAGGAAAACUAUGCUUUCGGUUGCUCAUAUGGCUUGGAUCAGCUGGUCAUAAGAUGGCUAGGGAGUCUGCCUAACUGAGGCUGUUUUAUAUAAAUAUUCUUUAAGUUAAUGCAUUUUGGUAGCACUCCUUAUAAGUCGUGAGGUCGAACAUCUCGGUUUAAAAUCUAAGGAUGGGGAACACGACGUCUUGCUGCGUUUCAUCCAGCCCCAAGCUGCGCAGAAAUGCCCAUUCCCGAUUGGAAUCCUAUCGACCAGAGACCGAACUUAGUCGUGAUGAUACAGGAUGCAAUCUCCAGCACAUCAGUGACAGGGAAAACAUCGAUGACUGGAAUAUGGAAUUUAAUCCUUCUGAUCAUCCCAGAGCAAGCACAAUGUUUCUUAGCAAAUCUCAAACAGAUGUGAGAGAAAAACGAAAAAGUCUACAUAUAAAUCAUCAUUUUCCUGGGCAGACAAGAAGAAAGUACAGCUCCUGCUCCACAAUAUUCUUAGACGACAGCACUGUCAGCCAGCCUAACCUCAAGUACACCAUUAAAUGUGUUGCACUUGCAGUAUAUUACCACAUCAGGAACAGAGACACAGACAGAAGAAUGCUUUUAGAAAUAUUUGAUGAAAAGAAUCAUCCACUUACGAAAUCUGAAGUGCCACUGGACUAUGAUAGACAUGACCCAGAACAGAAGCAGAUUUAUCGCUUUGUACGAACUUUGUUCAGUGCCGCUCAGCUCACAGCAGAAUGUGCCAUUGUUACCUUGGUGUAUCUUGAAAGACUUCUGACAUAUGCAGAGAUAGACAUCUGCCCGGCAAACUGGAAGAGGAUCGUUUUGGGUGCUAUCCUCCUUGCUUCUAAAGUAUGGGAUGAUCAAGCAGUGUGGAACGUGGACUACUGCCAAAUCCUAAAAGAUAUCACUGUUGAGGAUAUGAAUGAGCUGGAGAGGCAGUUUUUGGAGCUUCUGCAGUUCAACAUUAAUGUCCCAUCAAGUGUUUACGCCAAGUAUUAUUUUGACUUGCGAUCCCUAGCUGAGUCAAAUAACCUGAGCUUUCCCUUAGAACCUCUAAGCAGGGACAGAGCGCAAAAACUUGAGGCCAUUAGUCGAUUAUGUGAAGACAAGUAUAAAGACUUGAGAAAGUUUGCCAAGAAGCGUUCAGCAAGUGCAGACAAUCUGACUGUCUAUAGAUGGUCUCCAGCCAUCAUUUCCUAAUGUGGAAGGUGCUUUUCUAAGCACAUGUAAAUGGGAUAUUUUCACACUGGGAGCAGGCGAUCUUUCGGCAGAUGUGUGGCAAGCUGUUAUUUCCGUGUCUCCACCGUGUGCAGCACAUGAGGUUUGAGGAUGGUCUUUUAACCAAUGAUACAGAUCAAGUGAUGUUUCCAUUGCCUUCAGUGUGUUUACCAUGUGGGGUAAGAAACAGUCAUUACAGCAAACGAGAUCACAAACCUGAAGAUUGCUAUGAAGAGAGGAACAAGACUAUUUAUUAUUAUUACAAAUAAGAACAUUUCCGUAAACUGAUCAAGUAUGUAAAUGACCAGAAAAUUGAUAGGUUUUAAUACUAUAUUAUGGUGCACAGCAGGGUUUAAUUUAUUCUGCUGUUCACCACAUAUUGACGUUUUAUGUCAAUCUUGCUUUUUAUGCUUUUUUUAAAAAUUUCACUGCUGGCAUUGGCACAUCUUUGUCGAGCACAAACUUUUGAGUAAGAACAUGCAUUGUGCACUGAUGUUAACAACUGUUACAGAUCUCUAAUUAUAAAUAUAUUUACUUUCAUAACAAAGCCACAGCUGAUUUAUGUUGUUACAUUC